AUGGCGUUGCUCCGGGGCCUCCUGGUGCUCAGCUUGUCCUGCCUGCAAGGCCCCUGCUUGGUAUUCUUUCCUGUGAGCGCCACAGGGCCCUUGGGCCAGCAGCUCAUGAGUGAGCAGACCCAAGAGAGGCUGCACCCACUUGACCUCCUCAAGUUGGCCAACCAGGAGCCUGGUGGAGAGGUUGCCUUGAAAAGGGUCCCAGGAGACUGCAAGGGGACCUCGACCCCAGAGCAGACCCGCAGGCUGGCCCAGGCCAUGAUGGCUUUCACCACAGACCUAUUCUCCCUGGUGGCCCAAACGUCCACCACCCCCAACCUCAUCUUGUCGCCCCUGAGUGUGGCCCUGGCACUGUCUCACCUGGCACUAGGUGCUCGGAACCAGACACUGCAGAGGUUACAGCAGGUGCUGCAUGCAGACUCAGGGUCCUGCCUGCCACAUAUGCUGAGCCGCCUCUGCCAGGACCUGGGCCCUGGGGCAUUCCGAUUGGCUGCCAGAAUGUAUCUGCAGAAAGGAUUUCCCAUCAAAGAGGACUUCCUGGAACAGUCAGAACAGCUCUUUGGCGCAAAGCCCAUGAGCCUGACGGGAAGGCAGGGGGAUGACCUGGCGAACAUCAACCAGUGGGUGAAGGAGGCCACGGAGGGGAAGAUAGAGAACUUCCUCUCGGAGCUGCCUGAAGACACAGUGCUGCUUCUCCUUAAUGCUAUCCACUUCCAGGGUCUCUGGAGGAGCAAGUUUGACCCGAGCCUCACCCAGAGAGACACGUUCCACCUGGAUGAGCAGUUCACAGUGCCGGUGGACAUGAUGCGAGCCCACAAGUACCCUCUGCGCUGGUUCGUGCUGGAGCAGCCCGAGAUGCAGGUGGCUCACUUCCCCUUUAAGAACAACAUGAGCUUUGUGGUCAUUGUGCCUGCUCGCUUUGAAUGGAACAUGUCCCAGAUACUGGCCAACUUGACCUGGGACACUCUGCAUCAGCCUUCAUUGAGGGACAGGCCCACUGAUGUCCGGCUGCCAAAGUUGCACCUGAAACACCAGCUGGACCUGGUGGCCACCCUCAGGCAGCUGGGCCUGCAGGAGCUGUUCCAGGCCCCAGACCUGCGUGGGAUCUCUGACCAGAGCCUGGUGGUAUCCAGUGUGCAGCAUCAGGCCACCUUGGAGCUCAGCGAGGCUGGUGUGGAGGCAGCUGCAGUGACCGGCACGGCCAUGUCCCGCAUGUCCCUCUCCUCCUUCAGCGUGAACCGCCCCUUUCUCUUCUUCCUCUUUGAGGACACCACUGGCCUGCCCCUCUUUGUGGGCAGCGUGAAGAACCCCAACCCUGGUGUGGAGCAGGAGCGGAAGGAACAGCAGGAUUCCCCUGACAACAGGGACUUCUUCGAGAACCUGAAAGCCUUCCCCCGUGGAGACAAGGGUCUUGGCCUUGACUUGAAACUUGGGCCGCCCUCAGCAGAGGAGUACACCCAACCCAGCAGCCCCAAGUGA